AGAGCACCAAGAGAUUGCUGUCAUGGCGGCCGCCACUUUGAGUGUGCAGCGUGCGCUGAGUAAAGGUAUCAGUCCGUCUUUGGUUGUGAUUUUAGGGGCCACUGGAACUGGCAAGUCUAAACUGGCUAUCGAGAUUGGAAAAAGGCUUCAGGGGGAAAUAAUAAGCGCCGAUUCCAUGCAGGUAUACAAAGGGCUGAAUAUCAUCACCAAUAAGGUUACAGAGGAGGAACAAGCGCAGUGUCUCCAUCACAUGAUCAGCUUUGUGGAUCCAGUGGUCAGUGGAUACACGGUGGUGGACUUCAGAAAUAAAGCUCUCUCUCUCAUAGAGGACAUGCAUCAUCGAAAAAAGCUUCCCAUCAUUGUUGGGGGCACCAACUACUACAUUGAGUCAAUUUUAUGGAAAAUACUUAUUGACUCUGGGCAGGGGAGUGAUACUGAUUCAGAAGCCCCACCCCUUUCAGACUCUAAGGCGGAGCUUGAGAAACUGGGCGGUCCUGAACUUCACAGACGCCUGAUGGAGGUGGAUCCCGACAUGGCAGCCGUAUUGCAUCCUAAUGAUGCGCGCAAGAUUGCGAGGAGUCUGCAGGUGUUCAUGAACAGCGGAGUUCCACACAGCCGACUUUUGGAGGAGCAGCGAGGGCAGGAUGGAGGGGAUUGUCUCGGUGGUCCAUUGCGGUUUCGUGACCCCUGUGUCUUUUGGUUACAUUCCGACAUGGACGCUCUGGAUGAGAGGUUGGACAAACGUGUGGAUGAGAUGCUGUCCCUUGGGCUGAUUGAUGAGCUCAAAGAUUUUCAUCAGCGCUUCAAUGAGAAGAAGAUCAAAGAGAGCAGCCAGGAUUAUCAGCACGGUAUAUUCCAGUCUAUCGGCUUUAAAGAGUUUCACGAGUAUCUGACGGCGAGUCAAGACAUCAGUCAGGAAGAACUUGAGAAACUGAAGAUCAAGGGAAUCGAGUCUCUCAAGCAAGUGACCAGACGCUACGCCCGAAAGCAGAAUAAAUGGGUGCGCAACCGCUUCCUCAAAAGGCCUGCUAGCAAUGUGCCACCUGUUUACGGUCUUGAUGUGACAGACGUGACCAAUUGGGAGACUACUGUACUGACUCCUGCUUUAGAGAUACUGGAGUGCCUUCAAAAGGGAGAGCAGCCAUCCGUCCAGCCAAUCAGAGUAGACGGGGCGGAGACUCGUAACAAGCGGCGUCAUCACAUGUGCGAACUUUGCGAUAAGGUGAUCAUUGGCGACUUGGAAUGGACAGCACAUCAGAAGUCCAAAAAUCAUCUUUAUCAAGUCCGCAAGAGGAGAAAAACCGAACAGGUCACAGAUCAGUCACAGGACAUUAAGCCUACCAAACCAGAAAAUGUGAGUGACAGUCAGGUCCCAGCGCUCUAGUCCCCCGUCUCAGCUGUGGCUUAUGGGGUCAAGCUCACAGAUGGACCACAGAAAUUAAGAGCUCUGAUGUGGAUCGUGAUGUAUUUUUAAGAUCAAUAGUAAUCUUUCGAGAAAAGACCCUUUUUGGCCUUUGUGAUGAACGGGAGAUGGCAAUAGUCAUUGCUCUGUCCACUUGGAAGACCAGAAUACACCGAAGGGUCGGUGAUGUUCGGACACCCGGAUUUGAUGGUUUUUCCAUCGCCUGUUGACACUAGUUUUUGGAUUCUUGAGCUGGACAGAUGUCUUUCCACUGCUGUCGUGGCUUAGCCAAGUUUUUACCACAGGGUACACAAAGCGGUGUUAACCCAUUUCUGACUGAACUGCAUGCCACUUUUGUUGGAUUACUGGAUUACAUUUUUCCCACUUACCAGUUCUGGAUAUUUUUUAUUGGGAAUUUACUCUGGUUUCAGUGCCUUUACUAGAGACAUUCAAUCAAAACAGAUCAGCUAGACAUAAAAAUUGUCAUAUACUUGGAUUUCAAACUUGUAUGACUUUUUUGUGUAUGUGCCAUGGUCACAAAAGUCAUGUGGGUUUAGAAAGAAACGAUGAUUUUCUGUUUUGUCUGAGCUUUUUAACAGCAUUUUUAUUACAGAAUGACGUCUAUUAUUGCAUAAAUUAUGUAAAUAUAAUUGUCAUUAAAGAGCUUUUAUGAUUUAAAUAUUA